AUGCGAGUGGCCACGGCCCUCAGCGAGUCGUCCUCCAUCCACAGCGACAACCUGUACCACCUGACCAGGGACAUGUCCGGGAUGGGCCUGGACCCCAUGUCCUACAGCAUCCUGCAGCCCGAACCCUUCAGAGAGGAGCCGUGGGCGGAGGAGUGUGAGAGUCUGCUGCAGGUGCCUCCAGAACCGCAGAAACGCACCAGCAUGCAGCUCUCCCCCAGCGAGGACAAGAUCCCGGUGGUCGGCCCGGCCUCCAGUCCCCAGACCGGCGGCGAGGGCCUCUACUUCAACGACGGCCGCCGGAAAGUGGACUACGUCCUGGUGUUCCAUCAGCGGCGCCACGGCUCCAUCCGGUCCCCCGCCAGCACCUCGGCGUCCCACGACCGGCUGUCCAUCGUGUCCAACGGCAACUUCCCUCCAACGACGGCCCCGGACGCGGCGGCCGGGAGGGGAGGCGGCAGCGGCGGCGGCGACGCGGCGAGCGUGGGCGAGGUCUUCAUGGAGCUGGGGAGCGCCGCCGGGAGCGAGUCCAUGGAGCCCGCCGACCACGAGAUGCGCCUGAUCCGGCAGGAGUUCGAGGCCAGCCUGAUGGAGGCCGGUCUGGAGAUAGAGCGAGAUCUGGAGUUAAAGACCCACGGGCCCAGCUUCACCCGGCUCCACGCGCCCUGGCCGGUUCUGUGCCGAGAGGCCGAGUUCCUCAAGAUCAAAGUCCCGACGAAGACGAGUUACGAGCUGAAGGAGGAGCGUGGUUUCGGGUCCAGUAUGAGCACCGUGUGGAGGAAACUGAACCAGCCGUUCCAGCCGAAAGUCUCGAACCAGGACCACGGGAGCACCAAGCUGCUCUCACACUGCUUCUCCAGGGACAAACUCCACCUGUACAACAUCACAUCUAAAGACACUUUCUUUGACAACGCAACACGAGGAAGAAUUGUGUACGAGAUCCUGAGGCGGACGGUGUGUGUGCGGACCUGUCAGACCAUAGGCAUCAGCACCCUGAUCGCCAAAGGCGUGUACGACGCCGCCUUCCCGCUGCAUGACGGCGACUACAGGGUCAUCGGACACCUCGAGGAGAGGAACGACAGACAGGUGCUGCACGAAGAGUGGGCCCGAUACUCCGCGUUCUACAAGUACCAGCCCAUUGAUCUGGUCAGGAAGUACUUUGGGGAGAAGAUCGGCCUGUACUUCGCCUGGCUCGGCGUCUACACCCAGCUGCUCAUACCCGCCUCCAUCGUGGGGAUCAUUGUGUUCGGCUACGGCGUGGCGACGGUGGACACCAACAUACCGAGUCUGGAGAUGUGCGACGAGCGCUUCAACUUCACCAUGUGUCCCCUGUGCGACGGCGCCUGCGACUUCUGGCGCCUGAGCACCGCCUGCGGCACGGCACGGGCCUCGCACCUCUUCGACAACCCCGCCACCGUCUUCUUCGCCAUCUUCAUGUCGCUCUGGGCCGUGCUGUUCCUGGAGCACUGGAAGCGCCGUCAGAUCAGCCUGAGCUUCAGCUGGGACCUGACGGGAAUCGAGGAAGACGAGGAGCAUCCCAGACCAAAAUACGAGACCAUCCUCCUUCAGAAAAGACAGAGGAAGCAGAAGAACAAGAAAAAGAAGAAAAAGAACAAGCCAGAGAAGCAGGAGGACGGGACAGUGACAGGGAAGGACAGAUGGAGGCAAAAACUGCUGUCUGCCAUGGCUGCAGGAAUACCGGCCGCCAUCGAGAAGCUGACCUGGAAAGACCGUCUUCCUGGAUACUGCAUCAACGUUUCCUCCAUCCUCUUCAUGUUCGGCCUGACGUUCUCCGCCGUCUUCGGCGUCAUCGUCUACCGCAUCACGGUGUCGGCGCUGAUGGCCAUGAGCCCCGACCCGGAGACCAAGUCCAACGUCCGGGUGACGGUGACGGCCACGGCGGUCAUCAUCAACCUGGUGGUCAUCCUCAUCCUGGACGAGAUCUACGGCGCCGUGGCGCUCUGGCUGACCGAGCUGGAGAUUCCCAAAACCGAGACCAACUUUGAGGAGCGCCUCAUCCUGAAGGCCUUCCUGCUGAAGUUCAUGAACGCCUACGCCCCCAUCUUCUACGUGGCUUUCUUCAAGGGCAGGUUUGCAGGUCGGCCUGGAAACUAUGUGUACGUCUUCAACGACUACCGAAUGGAAGAGUGCGCUCCCGGGGGCUGCCUCAUCGAGCUCUGCAUCCAGCUCAGCAUCAUCAUGCUCGGCAAGCAGCUGAUCCAGAACAACAUCUUCGAGAUCGGAAUCCCGAAGUUGAAGAAGCUGGUGCGUGCCAUCAAGGACAAAGGGUCGGCGCAGAAGGAGAGCGAGGAGGAGCGACCCCCCCAGCAGUGGAACCUGGACUACGCCCUGGCCCCCUUCGACGGCCUCACGCCCGAAUACAUGGAGAUGAUCAUCCAGUUCGGUUUCGUCUCUCUGUUCGUGGCCUCCUUCCCUCUGGCGCCGCUCUUCGCCCUCUUGAACAACGUCAUCGAGAUCCGACUGGACGCCAAGAAGUUCGUGACGGAGCUCCGCAGGCCCGUCGCCGUGCGGGCUAAAGACAUCGGAAUAUGGUACAACAUCCUGAGCGGAAUGGGCAAGUUCUCCGUCAUUAUCAAUGCCUUCGUGAUCUCCUUCACCUCAGACUUCAUCCCCCGGCUCGUCUACCAGUACAUUUACAGCCAGACGGGCACCAUGCACGGCUUCAUUGACCACACGCUCUCCUACUUCAACGUGUCCAACUUCAAACCUGGCACGGCGCCGCACAGCUCGGAGCACGGAGAGAUCACCUUCUGCAGGUAUAAAGACUACAGGGAACCGCCCUGGUCUGGAGAAGCCUACCAGUUCUCCAAACAGUACUGGUGCGUCCUGGCGGCCAGGCUGGCCUUCGUCAUCCUCUUCCAGAACCUGGUGAUGUUCCUCAGCCUCAUGGUGGCCUGGGUGAUCCCCGACGUCCCCAAGACCAUCGUGGAGCAGCUGAAGCGGGAGAAGAAGCUGCUGGUGGAGGUCUUCCUCCAGGAGGAGAAGGACAAGUUCCAGCUCAUCCAGAGCCUGUUCGCCAAGGACCCGGCCCGCCACCCGGGCGGCCAGCCGCUGCCGCCCAGCCAGGGCCUCGCCACGCCGGGCCGCUACAGUACUCUACCGUCCGCCCCCGCGGCGGCGGCGGCGGCGGCGGCGGCGGCGGCGGGCGACGGGGGGACGAGGACACGCUGCAGGGCCGCCAGCUUCAGCCAGUUCGGCAGGAAGAUCCCCGGGAGCGAGAACGAGAACUCCAAACACACGGCGGUGUAACUCACCGCCGUACGGCGGCGGCGGCG